CAGAGCAGUGGGAAUCACUCUGUUCCCUGACACAACAAGCGGAGAAGGAAAACCUGCCCUGCCCACAGAGUGCAGUGCUUCCAGCCCAGUGUUUUUCAGCUGCAACCCCACCCCAGCUGCAGAAGGUUCCCACUGACCGCAGGAAAGGGAGGUCACGGUGAUCUGUGGAUGCACACAGAGGUUCUCACUGCCGCUCACGGACAGCGUGAUUCACUCCAGAAAGAAAAGCAAAAGGAAAAGAAGGAACCCUCAGCGUGACAACCAACGGCACAGCAUAAGGUGUGUCCUGAGCCUCGGGGAAACAGAGGGCAGGGAGCUGGGCAGCGGGCAGCACUGCAUGGCAGCACCUCAGAGAGAGCGCACGGCCAGCGCCUGGCUGCAGGCUGUACAGCAAAGCUGACAACAACAUGCCAUCCCCAGUUACUGCAGCCCUCCGCCUGCUGUCUCUACUGGCCACAACAUGCUUCCAGACGUCUCAGGCCUCAGGCUUUGACCUACUCACCCAAUCUGCUAUUGGCAGGGAAGGAGGAGAGGAAAGCUUCCAACCAGAGCUGCAGAGGCAGAAGCGAAAUGUGCUCAUUUUCGACCCCCCACCCCUGAAGUAUGCCAUUGACAUUGAAGUAAGCCUUACGAAUUCAUCCUUCCUGGAACCAAUCAAAGAGUAUUUCAGAAACCUCCCUCUUCCAUUUUCAACCAAUAUUUCAGAUGUAGAAAUGACAGUUUCAAGUAUCAACGUUACAACAGUCUGUGUGACCAGUGAGAACGAGAGCUGCUGUUCCUGUGAAGGCGGAUAUGCCUGGCCAAGCACGGGGUGCAGUGACCUGAUAAGCUGCCCUUCCACCAGCCUAGCUCCCAACCAGCCGUGUGGCUACACCAGGGAAAGGCCUUUCCUUGGGCCCUACUGUGAGCCUCAGAAUAAAGACUCAUGUGGUAUGGGAGAGCCCACUGUAAUGAAUAUGUCAGUAAGACUUGACACAGCCUUCCACGAUGAUCUCAGGAAUCAUUCUUCACAGCUAUACAAAAAAUACAAAGCUGACCUCGAUAAAGCGUUUAAUGCUGGCUACGGAUGCUUACCGGGCUUUGUGUCAGCAACAACAACUGGUUUCAGGCCUGGGAGUGUUGAUGUGAACUACAGAGUGGAGGCAGGAUCAGCGAGCUUCCAUCAGCUGGAGCAUUCCAGCAGACUUGUAGCACAGUACCUGGACGAACCAUACAACAUAGUGCCCACCUCCUUCACAGCAGAAAUAAUGAAUCGCACAAACUUCACUGUGAGUCCUGCCCACAUUUUUGAAGGGGAUGCCAUCCAACUGAUGUGUGAGGUAAACGCCACGGCUGAGAACACGACCUGGUAUCAUGGCAGUCAGAUCAUCCUGAACAGCUCGCGGCACUCCAUGAAGACAGACAAUAACACUGCGACGUCACAGGCAGUUCUUACAAUUAUCAACGUUACACAGGAGGAUUCUGGUACCUACACAUGCAUUUUUACAAGCAGAUAUCUGUCUAUGAAUCUGAUAUACAGAGGCACAGAAGAAAUCCAAGUCUCUCCACUACGUAUCAUUUCGCACUCAAACAAUGAUAAAGUUAGCUGCAACAGCCCUGAGAUACAGGCAAACAGCCCUGUGCUGUUCUGUUGCAUUGAUGGACAAUUACCACUGCUUACUGGUGACUGGAAGGUGAAUGGAGCAAUCAAUAUUACAGGAGUCCCCAGUUUCAGCAGUAACUGCACUGAAUACAAGCUCAACGUGAUGGACUCGCUGUGCUUGGCCGAGCAGUCGGGUACGGUGACAACAUACACGUGUGAGCUGCAGACAGGGCACGGCGCCCGGAGCAGCUGGGACAUCCAAAUUACAUACUUCCGAGAAGCCCAGGUAAGAAUAUCUUCCAGCGUAAACACAUCAGUUUCUGUGGGAUAUGGCUUCAGUCUAAAAUGUGAAAGUGAUGUGAGCAAUUAUGACAGCAUCAGAUGGGAAAUCCAUUCUGGAGAUAGAAUACAAGCAGUAGAAUGCGCUGCGUGCAUUACAACCAACAAAUCCACAGCCACAUCCGUGCUCGAGGUGAGCACUGCCACUCAAGACUGGAACGGCACCUACGUCUGCACAUUCUCCCAGGACUCCCUGAACAAUUCUGCCAGCGUGACAAUCAAUGUGAUUCCCUUGCCCCUGAAGCAGCACAUCUGGAUAGAUCCCGUUGAAGCACCUAUCGUGUGCGGAACGCCUCAAGACAUCAACUGCUGCAUAAGUGCUAACACCAUGGAAGAUUAUGGUGUUAAAAUAGUGGUGCAAGAAAAAGAAUUUCCAGCUGCAAAAAAGGAGCAAGGAAAUUUCUUGUGCUACUCGUACAAUUACACAGAAACAGAAUGCAGGGGAAAGGAGCUCGAGGCAUACUGCAAGUUUGUGAACAGCAUUGGGCAGGAGGUCAACAGCGAGAGGAUACAGCUGAACCUGAUACCUGAUAAGGACAUCAUUUCCUGCUCAGAAAACAAAACCUUUGGAAGGGAAGGAGACGUGUUAAUAAAGUCGUGCUCUGUUUUAAAUACUACUUUUCUCCGAGGCAGCAAAAUUUACAAGUGCUGCAGCAAGUCAUGGAAGAUGGAAAAGAAUGACUGCGUGUCCGAACAGAUAAACAACCUGCUGCUCAUGGCAGAGUCCUUGGUCAACAGUCCCAGUGCAAAAAUCGGCCUACCUAACUUCCUUCAGAACCUGAAGAAUCAGAUAGUACUGCUGCAAGAUGACAAUUCUUCUGCAAACCUUGCUGCAAUUGUUACCAUCCUCUACAACAUCUCUUCUAUUCCAGUAGAAGCAGAGAAGUCCACUAUCAUCGAUUACUUCACUACAGUGGACGUUAUUGUUGCUGAUUCUAAGAAGGAACUUUGGGUUGACCUGAAUCGAGAGCGGACACCCACAAGUUCUUUGUUACUGAACGCGGUGGAAAGAUUUUCUGAGAACCUCCUACCGGUUAAUUACAGCAUUCCACAUGUGUCCACUGAAACCCUUGAGCUGCAAGGUAUGGUUGUCACAGAACAUAACCACGCAGACUAUAAUAAGGACUUCAGACGCCUAGGAAACCUCACAGCUAGUGUGCUGAUUGAUAAAAUUGAGACUCUGCCUCCAAAUUCAACCAUUGUCAGUGUGGCCUACUCAGCGCUUGGUCAUAUAUUGCCUGUGAAUGUGGGCAUGUAUGUGAACAGUUUGGUGAUAUCAACAGUUCUGAGCUGUGAGAGAAACCAGAACUUCCAUAUUAAUAUGACCUUUCAGAAAGAAAACCUAUCUCUGAAGGCACCCCAAUGUGUCUUUUGGGACUUCAACCUCAACAACAGUAGGGGAAGCUGGGAUAAUCAAAGUUGCACACUAACAGAGGAAGAAGACAAUGUCAUUUGUUCCUGCAAUCACCUGACACCGUUCUCCAUUCUGAUGUCACCGGAUAAACCUGCUAAAAAUUCCGUUGAAGAUUACAUUACCCACAUUGGCCUGGCCAUUUCAAUCUUGAGUUUAGUGGUCUGUAUUGUAAUUGAAUCCUUAGUUUGGAAAACUGUGACAAACAACACAACCUCCUACAUGCGUCACGUCUGUAUUCUCAACACAGCGACAUCUCUCCUAAUUGCUGACGUUUGGUUCAUUGUCACUGCCUCCAUCAGCGAACACAGCAUGCAGAGAAGAAGAGAUAUCUGUGUUGCAGCCACGUUCUUCAUCCAUUUAUUCUACCUGUGUGGCUUUUUCUGGAUGCUCAGCCUCGGCCUCAUCCUUUUUUACAGACUAGUCUUCAUCUUACACAACACAAGCAAGACGUGUCAGAAAGCAGUGGUGUUCUGCCUGGGUUAUGGGUGCCCCUUUGUCUUCGCAGUCACCACCAUUGCUGUCACGCUGCCGUGGGACACUUACACCAGAAAGGAUGCCUGCUGGCUCAACUGGGAGGACAGUAAAGCUGUCUUGGCCUUUGUCAUACCUGCCCUGGUCAUCGUGGCCAUGAAUUUGUUCAUCACCGCAGUUGUGAUAAUAAAAAUACUAAGGCCAAACAUUGGGGACAGGACAAACAAGCAAGAGAAGAAGACCUUGUUUCAAAUUUGCAAAAGUCUCAUCAUCUUGACACCACUCUUAGGCCUCACCUGGGGAUUUGGUCUUACCACCAUCAUCAAAAAUAGCCACCAAGCUUUCCACAUCCUCUUUGCUCUGCUCAACGCUUUGCAGGGAUUAUUCAUUUUGGUAUUUGGGACGCUAUGGGACAACAAGAUAAAAGAAGCCCUGCUGAAGAGGAAUUCACUAUCCAGAUGGAGUUCACAACAAACAAAGUCAACAUCCCUGAUCCUGGUGACACCAAUGUUUUCCAUGAGCUAUCCAUUUUCAAGAACACUCAACAACUUAUUUGGCAAAACAGGAAAAUACACAGUAUCUUCUUCAGAGCCAUCCAGUGCUUCCACAGAGAACACCUCCAAGUCAGAUUCUUUGCUCAACUGAAGCACAAGCAAAUGAUAAACCAUUUAACUGUGAAAGGACCUCUGCCCUUUCCGUGAUACACACAAAAAGCAUCUGUGAGUCAUCAAGCAGUGGGCUGCUUCCCAUUGACCAAACUGUGCCUGGGUGCAUUCUUCUGGACCAACCUGCUCUGGUUCCGUGUAAGGCAGGGAAGCUUUGUGAGGUGGAAUUUUACAGGAGCUGUCAACAGCAGAAGAGAUAGUGAGAGGUUUUGGACUUGGAAGGGUUUGAAGACCUUCAAGUGCUGGUGAAGCCACUGAAGAAUUCUCAACCUUUGAGGGUGCUUCGCUCUGUGCAGUACUGAGCCAUGAAUCACAGUGCUAUCCACAACUGUAGUGCAGUAGUUGUAGUAUUUCCCCUAUCAGAUCUGCAAAUGAUUCCAAAGGGCUGUGCAGAUAAACAAGUACCUCAUCUCUUCCCACCUGCCCUCCUCUUAGAGCCUGGGAAAGCUGUGUUAAAGAUUUCCUGGAACCAAAGAUUCACAACCAAGACAGUCCAUUUCAAAUCAGCCCUUUUGACCCAGAAAAAAAAAAAAUGAAGACCAUGAAGAUUCCUGCGGGGUUUCUUUCAUGUAGAAUGUACUGAAAGCUCCACAUAGCACUUUCUGAAGAAAAGGAAGCUUUAUAUCUUUAACUAUAAUUGUUUCUCCUUGAUAUGUAAUAUAGUAAGAAAAGAGGGUUGCUGCCCUCUACUACAGAAGAAGCUGUAAUUAUUUAUUGUUACGUCUGCAGGGAGUCUCUUGUAUAGCCUGUACGUUUAGGUCUCCUUGCAGAGAAGAAUCACACAGGGAGUGCUGAGAGUCAGUUCUGCAAUGAAUAUAAACCAGCAUGUGCCAGGCAGGGUGAAAGGUUUUGUAUAAAUUACUGUUCUGUGACUACAUUUGUGGAAUCAGUUAUUUCCAAGCCUGUAUGCCUUUACAAGGCAGGACUCCUGUUUCAAGAGAGGGCUAUGAAGGAGCCUGAAAAUACAUGCAGCACAUUGAGGUGUUACACACCACAAUGCACAGAGAUUUAAAUUUGAGGCCAAUACCAAGUAAGACUGUCAGGUACAGCCCCUUUUGGUUCCUGGGGAAUCAGGACUAUGCUUACUGGUGGUGAACUUGUUCCCAGGACUUUGGAAUGAACCAGGAUGGGAAACUGUUGCCUAUUCUCAAGGCACGUGUGAUGGUUUGGUAGGGGCAGAUGGUGACGAAUGCAGACAAUAAACAAGCAUCAAUCAAUUGUAUCAUUGA